AUGGAUAAGCAGCCUCAAAAGGUGGCUGUCAUCGGCCUCGGCGUCGCCGGUCUUGUCGCCGUCAAGAAUAUGCUCGAAGUCGGCUUCGACGUAACUGGAUUUGAGCGUAGUGAGUAUGUCGGAGGUCUUUGGCAUUACACCGAGCAAGACAAGACAUCAGUCUUACCGAGUACCAUCAUCAACAUCUCCAAAGAAAGGGCCGCAUUUACAGACUUUCCAUACCCAGACUCCACACCAAGCCAUUGUCCGUCCGCCAAAGUGGAAGAGUACAUUGAGUCUUACGUAGACCACUUCAACUUUCGUGAUAAGCUUCGUUUAGGCGUAUCGGUAGAGAAAGUGCGACGCGAUGACGAGCGUAAUCGGUGGGUUGUAGACAUCCAGGGCUCUGAGCCCGAAUAUUUCGACAAGGUCAUUAUGGCGACGGGCGGGAACAAUCGUCCUCAUAUUCCCAAGGUCGAGGGCAUGGAGCAAUUUGAAGGCGAGGUUCUACAUUCACGGGCCUUCAAACGACCAGAGCUCUUCAAGGGCAAACGCGUUGUAGUUGUCGGCGUCUCUAAUACAGGCGCUGAUACCGCAGCAGCUCUUUGUGGGCAUGCCGAAAAAGUCUGGUUAUCUCGCAGUCACGGUGUUAUAGUUAUCCCACGAAAGCGCGAUGGCAUUCCAUUCGAUCACACCAUCACAGCGCGCACAAUGGCCCUUAUGGGAAUGUUUGAGAACACAUUUCCUCAUCUGUACGAGAUCAUCUUCAAUUCGAUCUGCAAGAAGAUGCAGGACAAUGCGUUCAAGAUAAGGCCUGAAUGGGGUCUUUCUCCUGCGGAUUCUGUCCUGCACACUCUGCCCGUCGUGUCGGAUAAUCUCAUCCCUCUGCUGGAGUCGGGCGAUAUCACCUCAGUCCCUAAGAUAAAGCGCGUCACAGGGCCCAGAGAGAUUGAGCUCGCGGAUGAUACGCGUCUGGAUGUUGACACGAUCAUCUGGUGCACCGGAUACAAGGGAGAUUUUAGUCUCAUGGACCCCAGCGUUGAUCCCACGCGCAGCACAACGCCAAAAUGGGCAGAAGCAAUUGGUUCUCGUGGGAAACCCCUUCCGCGUCUCUACCAAAACGUGUUUUCGCUCGAUUACCCAGACUCACUCGCCUUCAUGGGCAAUCUCCUCGUCGCAACAAGCGCAUUCCCCAUCAGCGAUCUUUGCACCAUGGCAAUCGCUCAAAUCUGGAGGGGCAAUUCCCCUCUUCCCUCAAUUGAUGAAAUGAACCGCGCCACGGACAAACAGCACGAGUUAAUCUGUAAGCUCGCUAACGAAGGCAGCGUGUCGCCUGGUUGGUUGCGACAAGCUGACUGGCUUGCAUGGGCUGACAAGGCAGCUGGGGCACAAGUGUAUGAGCAUCUCGGGUGGGGAUUGAAAGGGUGGAGGUUGUGGUGGAAUGAUCGUGCUUUGUAUAGGAUGUUGAUGGAUGGGAUUUUUACGCCGUUUGUGUGGAGGGUGUUUGAUGGGGAGGGCAAGAGGAAGAACUGGGAUGGGGCGAGGGAGGCGAUUGAGAAGGUCAAUGCUGAGUUGGCAGCUGCAAAGGCGAAGAAUAAGAACAAGAAGAGUGAGUAG